CAGCCCAUCCUCAGAUCACCUGAUUGUCGCACAGCCAUUUUGUCUCUGGGAGUAAAACACAAUAUCAAAUACACCGGAAUAAAAAAUUUAAAAAGCCGAUGAAAAGGAGACCAAAUGAAUUGACGGAACAAAUCUUAACUCAAUCAGUUACAUUUAGCGUAGUACUCGUGCGUAAAAUUCACAUUUUCGCCAGCAAAUUCGAAAAAAAGACUAUUCUGAUUUUGCUGUCUGUGUGAGAUUCCGGAACCCGAAACAGUUUGAUAAACCAGCUUUGGAUAUUACCUGUUUUUUUUGUGAGACACGAUUUUUUUUUUUUUUUUAAAUUGUGUAUUCCUUACUUUAGAGUUAUUUUUUUUUCUAUUUCAUUUUUAUUAUGUUUUUGUUUGUGUCUUGAAAGUUUUUUUUUUUAGACGGGGCAGUUUAAUGACAGUUUAAGUUCUGUUCAUUACGUUUUCAGAUCUGUCAAAAAAAGACUCCCAGGCCUGUGCUGUGUCUACCAUCCAGUGUGCUCACCGUACCAAAAUAACAUAUCCGUCAUUGUUACUAACAUUUAUAUAUGUUUCAGUUUAACUCAUUUUCUGAAAACCGGCUUGUUUCAUCUCUAUUUUUUACCGUCUUAUGUAUUGCGUCUGCGUCUAAACCAUUUUUUGUUACCACCGUUUGCCUUUAAAAAAAACAAACCGGAACACUCAUUUUAAAAUCUGCAUUUAUUAGUGAUUUUUUUUUCUAACGCUUGUCUGUAAAUAUGUCGGGGCAGUCAAUAACAGAUCGGAUCGCAGCGGCUCAGCACAGUAUGACUGGUUCUGCAAUUAGUAAAGCGGUGUGUAAGGCCACCACACACGAAGUCAAUGGACCCAAAAAGAAGCAUAUGGAUUAUCUGAUCCAUUGUACAAACGAGAUGAAUGUGAGCAUCCCUCAGCUGGCAGACACUCUCUUUGAAAGGUCUGCCAGCAGCAGCUGGGUGGUCGUGUUUAAAGCACUGAUCACAACCCACCACCUCAUGAUGUACGGAAACGAGCGUUUCAUCCAGUACUUGGCUUCCAGAAAUACUCUCUUUAACCUAAAUAACUUCCUGGACAAAGGUGCAUUGCAAGGCUAUGACAUGUCUACCUUUAUCAGGCGCUACAGCCGGUACCUGAACGAAAAGGCCCUCUCCUAUAGGCUCGUCGCUGUGGACUUCACCAAAAUGAAGAGAGGAAUCGAUGGAGUUAUGCGCACCAUGAAUGCAGAGAAGCUGAUAAAGACCCUCCCGAUUAUUCAGAACCAGCUGGACGCACUGUUGGAUUUUGAAGCGAACCCCAAUGAGCUGACCAAUGGGGUGAUCAACACUGCCUUCAUGCUGCUCUUCAAAGACUCCAUCCGUCUCUUUGCAGCGUACAAUGAGGGUGUCAUCAACCUGCUGGAGAAAUACUUUGACAUGAAGAAGAACCAGUGUAAAGAAGCCGUGGAAAUGUAUAAGAAAUUCCUCUACAGGAUGACCAAGCUGUCUGAGUUUCUCAAAGUGGCUGAGCAAGUUGGAAUUGAUCAUGGUGACAUUCCAGAUCUUACACAGGCCCCCAGCAGUCUGCUGGAAGCACUGGAGCAGCACCUGGCUUCUCUGGAGGGCAAGAAGACCAAGGAGUUCUCUGCAGCCAGCAGAGCAAGCACCCUGUCCAGUGCCGUGUCCACUCUGUCCAACACAGGCAUGUCCUUCAGCAGAAUGGAUGAGAAGGAGAAGCAGCAGGCUCUGGAGGAGGAGCAGGCCAGGCUCCAGUCCCUCAAGGAACAGCGUUUGAAGGAAAUCGGGAUGCAGACUCCAACCGUGUCUCCCAUUUCCCAGUCUGGGGGCAGUGCCAACACCAGCGCCACCACUGGCUUGGACCUCUUCUCAACCCCUGCCACUGCUCCCUCCACCAACAGCAUGCCAAACCUCGCCAGCGACCUGUUCGACCUGCAGCCUGUGUUCGUCCCCACAGUGCAGAGCACUCCGGCCAUCUCCACCUCCGUCAACACUGCCUGGGGAGGUUUGGACCCCCGCUCCAUGCCACAGACCGUUCCAUUGUCCGCAAUGAAUGUAGAUUUCGAUGCUGUGUUCGGGACUAAAGUUGCCAAUAACGAUGUGAAGACCACAAGCGGGUUGGAUCCGCUAGGUGAUCUCCUGAAGCCCACAGUGUCGACACAGAGCAGCUCUCCAGCAGUGGGACGGCAGCAGCAGCAGCAGCAGCAGCAGGGAGGCAAGCUGCUGGCUAACGACCUCGACUCCUCCCUCGCAAGCCUCGUGGGCAAUCUUCAUUUUGGUGGUGCACUGGCCAAGCCAGAUAUGCUGUGGACCCAGCCUGGGGAGAAGAAGCUGACAGGCGGUACGCACUGGCAGUCUAAAACCAUGUCCACCACCACUGCGUGGAACGCGACGCCCAUGGCUCCAGCACCCGUGGCAGUACCGCAGAUGAACGGAGUUCUCUAUGCUGGCUAUCCGGUACCAGCACCCAUGGCAUACCCUAUGGCAACACCUCAAGUGCCUAUGUAUGGAAUGGGAAUGGUUCCCCAGCAGAUAGGAACAGUCCCCAUGAUGGCCCCUCAACCCAUGAUGUACAACCAGCCGGUCCUGAGACCUACGAACCCCUUCGCACCCGUCCCUGGAGCGCAGAUGCAGUUCAUGUAGAGAAGACAAAGCCAGCUUGUUGAAGGCAAAAUGAACCCCAAAUAGAGCGAGGAGAGGCGAGGAGGAAGCGGCACAGAGACUCACAACUGUUGCUUUCCUACUGCUCCAGUAACUCUUAUUAACCUGCCCCCCUGCGCAGCACUGGAGCCCCUGUCUGAAACAGCCACCUCGCUCUUGGUCUGCCAGGCUCUUUUAUAGUAGAGUCUGCUUUUAAAAUGGUAACCCUGGCAUGUAAUGUCUAACAGUAUUUCUUAGAAAAAGAACACCGCAGGUCAGAAAAGAAUGGGAAUGUGUUUGUGAAAGAGACAGCAUAUAUCCAUGCACUGAAUACCCUCAUUGGUAGAGUUUGUGUGUAUUUCUAUCUACUGGUCUUAGCAGGUGUAUCGGCUCACCUCACUGAAACUACACCAACCCCGCAGGUUUGCAGGGUUACUGGGUGUAUGGCUUGACCAGAUGUUUCGUUCUAUGGCUAUUUGACUUCUUGAACGCCUCUCUUUCCCUUGUAUUUGUUUUCUCUGAUCUUCACCCAUCUGUCUGUUUGGGGCUUGGGUGUCUGAGAGAGUUUAGUGACCUUAACAAGGUACUUGCGUCACUGGUUCCCCAGGUGUUUCGGUAUCUGGAGUAUUUGGAGAGACGAAGUACCUGUUUGGGUGUGGAUACCUGAAUUUUGUGCUUUUAUCUGCUGGUGUUUUUAAAUACCAAUGCAUUUUCACCUGGGCAUGGGGUAGGGUUUGUCCUUUAGGAAUGUACCUGGUGUUCAAAAUGUGCAGGUUGGUUUUCAGAUUGUAUAAAUCUAAGAUCCUUUAAGUGUUGCCAAACCUCCUUCAAAUCUUUUUUUUCUCCUUUCACUGUGCUGUUGAGUUCCACUAAUUCUCUUGCUUGAGUUUUCUUUUUUUUUUUUUCUCCAGUAUCUACGAGAUCAGGAACUGCCAUUGAGAUUCUCAUAUUAUGGGCAUUACAAUGCGGGGUGGGGAGACUGACUGGACAGCAUUCAAGUGCAAGCUGUAAUCAGCCCCCCCCCCCCCCCGUGUUUACUCUGUAGAUGUGGCUGUUGCAGACAGGUUAUAGCAGUGUAAGGGUUGGACUGUUUCAUUGUGUGCAUUACUGAUGAGCUGUGCACUGUUUUGAUCCUAAUCGUAAUUUGUUAUAAUCCAUGUAUGAGCUACAACUAGGACAGAAAUAAGACUCCUUGACUAGCAG